AUGAGCAAAAUGAAGGGCCUAAAACUUCUCUUAAUGUUUGCAAUAGUUCUGGUUGUUGUCGAAGCUAAGAAGACUUCUAGACUUGUACUAGUGUCCCCAGAUUCAACCAUGGAAAAGGAUUUAGUAUCCAGCUUCAAAGAACAAGGAUUUGAUGAAGUGGACAUGAUCAAUAUGAGAGAUUAUGGGAACGAGUUUCAAUUUCGAUAUAAAAUUAUAACCAAGCAACCAAUAUGGAAAGCAUACUUAAUCCUACCACAAUAUGUCUACCUCAACGGAUCUGUGAGAUAUUUCGAAGAGUUUCGAGAUUUUCGAAUUUUUUGCAAGCGGAGAUCUGUAAUUAUCGAAAGCAAGCGAGUCGGUUUAUUUCAUGUUAGUGUGCUGACGAAACGAAAUGGACAACGCGGAAAACGUGCGCUAGCUGUGGACAACAUGAUUCUUAACGCUGGAAUGACUACAGGCUGUCAAAAUGUUUGUGAUGCAAAGAAAAAAACGUGCCCGAAAGAAUCCUCCAAACAUCUCCCCCCUGCUACAUUGGAGUGCCCUCCGAAUAACGAGUGCAAUAUUAUAUCACAUGAUGCCUCCAUCUAUAACACAUCUUCUGGAAUAGUCGUGCAGCCGAUUGGAAAUGCACAAGUUGUGAAAACAUGCGAUGAGUUCAUAAAAGUGGUGAUGGAUAAAUUCGCAGCGAAAGGCGGUAAAGUUGCCGUAUAUUUGGAUGCUCACGGUAACCAUGGUAUAUUUGCAAUUGGAGUGUAUGGUGGUAAACCAGAACUGGUGUUUAAGGGCAGCGCUUGCUAUAACAAGAUGUGCAUGGAGCUCAAGGAUAAGAUAAGCACACUGACACUGUUCACAUGCAGCACGGCAGGUGGUACAACUGGACCACCAUUUCUGCAGUGUUUGGCGAAUUGUUUGAAUGCGAAUGUUAAAGCUUGGAAGAAAGCAGUGUCAAUACAAGCAGCUUGGAACACUACUGAUGUGACCUCUAUCAAGUGGUCUACCCCACGUAAUUAUUCGACUCCUUGCGAAGCUAACCCCUCACCAAGCCCGUCCAUCACACCCUCCACACCCACACCAACGCCCACACCAUCCACUCCCACACCAAGCCCGUCUACCACCACCACAUCCACGCCCACAUCAUCCAGUACUUAUACGUUCACAUCCGAGCCCAUGUAUUCCGAAGAGCCCACAACCGUCACCGAGUACACUGAGACACCAACUGAAUACACCUACUCCGAUUAUUUGUACACAAGCCCACCAGCUGAAGAUUACUAUGACUACGCUUAUUAGAAACGACCAAUGAUAUUAUUUUGAACUAGAAUUAUUAUGUGUAGCAAACUUAGUAGU